AUGGGACAAGUGUCGAAUUUCUUGAUCGACAUUCGCAAUGAGUGGGCGGUGCAAGCUUUGGUCCUCUUCAGCUUCACUCUCCAAGUCAUCCUCCUCUCGCUCGCAUGGAUCCGUCGGCACAGCGUCUCCGUUGCUGCGAGGCUGGUCCUGUGGAUGGCGUACCAGCUGGCCGACGCCACCGCGCUCUUCACCCUCGGCCACAUGGCCAUCAGCAGCCGGACGCGGGAGGAGCAGGUGUUCAUGGCGUUCUGGGCGCCAUUUCUCCUGCUGCACCUCGGCGGCCAGGACAACAUCACGGCCUACUCGUUCGAAGACAAUCGGCUCUGGCUGCGCCACCUGCAAACUCUCGUCAUGCAGGUAUUGGGAGCUUCCUAUGUCCUCUACAAGUAUAUGCCUGAGAAGGAGGAUCCGGUCGUGGCCGCCGCGGCGCUCAUCUUCGCGGUGGGCAUCCUCAAGUACGGCGAGAGGAUAUGGGCGCUUCAGUGUGCGAGAUUCGAUAGCAUUGCCAAGUCCUUGGACCAGCAGGAUGCUAGCAUCCGGGAAACCCAAGGUGACAAGAUUCUUGGCGAUGUGCUGCAACACCGGUCCAGCAUGGACGUGGAGGACGUUCUGAUGGCUGCUCACGGCCUGCUGGAUGUUUGCCAGGGGGUGUUCAUCGGACUGAGGGACGGGUCGAGAAGCUACGUGAGGCAUGUGCUGCAGUCCUUCCAGAUGUGCGAUCUUCUUGACAAGUUGAUGGAGAUGGAGCUGUCCCUGAUGUACGACACCCUCUACACCAAGGCGACCGUGAUCCACACAUGGUACGGAUGCUGCGUCCGUGUCGUCGCGCUGGUGGCCACCGCGGCCGCGUUCUUCCUGUUCCAGCUGAGCAGCUUGCUGUUGCUGGAUGGCCACAGCAGGAAGAACAUCGCCGUCAGCCAAAUCCUGCUGUCCGGGGGACUGCUCCUGGAGGUGAUAUCCAUGGUGAGGGCAGUCGGGUCCACCUGGACGCUGCUCUUCUUGCACACCAGACGAUGGCAGUGGCUCUACGACGAGCUUCUCUCCCUCCGCCGCGUCUUCGGAGUGGCGGAGCACAGGAGGUGGUGCGGCUCCAUUGGCCAGUACAACUUCCUCACCGCCUGCGCCCAUGACACCGCCGCCAUGGCAGCAGGGCUGCACGCGCGAGAGAAAGGCGAGCAGAUCGGCUCGCUCCGUGGCCUCAGCACGCUGAGGAGACUCAGGCUGGACACCCAUGUCCGCUGGACCAUCGAGGACGUCGGCUUCGAGGACAGCAUCAUGGCGUGGCAUCUCGCCACGGACAUCUGCCUCUUCGGCGACCGGAGCAACCAGCGAGAUCUUGUGGAAGCAAUCCGGGUGCUGUCCAACUACAUGAUGUUCCUCCUCGCCCUCCGCCGCUUCAUGCUGCCGGGCCCCGUUCGUCGCAGCCGCUACGAGCUGGUCCGGGAUGACUUGUAUAGCUUCAUGAGGCAGGACAUGUCGCCGUCGCCGGAGGACCGUCUGGACUGGGCUCUUCGCAAGGGGUUCCAUGCUUACCUCAACCUCAACUCCGGUGGCGGCCAUGCAGAGUUCCAUGCCGGAGUGAGGCUCGCCGCCCUGCUCUACCACCGGCACGACAGGCUUGAUGUCAUCUUCGGCGUGUGGGUGGAGAUGCUGUGCUAUGUUGCCAACAACUGCAGCACAGAGUCUCACGCCAGGCAGCUCAGCUGUGGCGGCGAACUCGUCACCAUCGUCUGGCUUAUGGCACGGCACGUUGACAUGUCCUAA